CUUUAAGCGCGGCCGCGCGCGGCCCUGGGUUCCCGGAGAGGAGGCCGCGGGAGCGCUCGGACCCAGCCCGCCUGCCCGGCCCCCGACCCGGCCCGGCGGGGGAGGGGUCUCUGAGCGCGGCCCCUCCCCCCUGCGUCCCCGCCCGCGCUGCGGUGCACCGGCCCGCGUGUUCCUGUCGGUUCUGUCUGUCCGUCUGUUGGCGCCCAGGCCUCGCCCCACCCUGGUCCUGGGGCUGCCCCGCCGCCCCCCUACCAACCGCAGUGGACUUCCUCCCUCUGGGCCGACCCACCCCCCCCAGGAGGCGAGAGGCGAGGCUGUCACCCUAGACCCGGGGGCCGCCCGCACCUGACACCGGGGGUUGCACCCCGAGAUUGGACUGGGAAAUCCAGAAACCCGAGUUUGGGAAUCUGAUCUGGUGUAGAUACCCCGAGAUCCGGCUGUGGAACCCAAAGACCUGGACCCUGAACCCUAUACCUGGGGCUAGAAUCCCAGCAUCGGUCCUUGGGACCCCAAGAUUUGGAAGCUGAAUUUCAUGGUUUGGAGCAUGGACCCCAAGAUUUAGAGCCAGAACUCCCAAGAUUUGGAAUCUAAACCUCUAAAUGUGGAGCUGAACUCUGAAUUCUGUGUUUAGCACCUUUUAAUCUGGAGCUGGAUUCUUAAAUCUACACCAGGAAUUUACUAUUUGGGAACUGGACUUGGAAUUUAGGCCUCAAAUUCCAAGAUCUGAACCUGGGGACUCCAAGAGCCCUAAACCUGAUUUUGAGCCAGAAGUCCUUGCUGCAGACCUGAACGCUGAAAUCUGAGGUGAGACCUCCAAAUCUUGACUCAGCAUCCCAGUAUCGGAAUCCCACGAAACCCUAAUAUUGGAUUCCAGGACAGGACUUGGGACUCAGACCCUGAACCAUUUGGCUGUUUGGCACACCAAGCCUGAAGCUGGAAAACCCUGACCCUGAACAACCAAAACUGGAUCUCUAACACUGGACCCUAAGGCCCAAUAUUUGGAUGUUGGAGACUCAGGUAUUCAGAGCUGGAGACUUCAUGGCCACAGAUUUGAGCUGAGGCACAACAGUGUCUUCACAGACGUCUUGGGACAGAGAUGACAUGACCAGACACCUACUUGAGAGCUCUGACCUCUGACCCCUUGGAGCCUGAGGACUCUGCUCCCUGGGGUGGCUUCCAGUUCAGGCCGCCCCACCCGCAAUGGCCGUCUUCCCGUUGCUCCUUUGCCUGCUGCCGCUGGCCCCUGCCUCGUCUCCACCCCAGCCAGCCACAUCUAGCCCAUGUCCCCGCCGCUGCCGCUGCCAGACCCAGUCACUGCCCCUAAGUGUGCUGUGUCCAGGGGCAGGCCUCCUGUUCGUGCCACCCUCGCUGGAUCGUCGUGCCGCUGAGCUGCGCCUGGCAGACAACUUCAUUGCAGCUGUGCGACGCCGCGACCUGGCCAACAUGACGGGCCUGCUGCACCUGAGCCUGUCUCGGAACACUAUCCGCCACGUGGCAGCUGGUGCCUUCGCUGACCUACGAGCUCUGCGCGCCCUGCACCUGGAUGGCAACCGGCUGACCUCGCUGGGCGAGGGUCAGCUGCGUGGCCUAGUCAACUUGCGACACCUCAUCCUGAGCAACAACCAGCUGGCAGCCCUGGCAGCUGGUGCCCUGGACGACUGUGCCGAGACACUUGAGGACCUGGAUCUCUCCUACAACAACCUCGAGCAGCUGCCCUGGGAGGCCCUGGGCCGCCUGGGCAAUGUCAAUACAUUAGGCCUCGACCAUAACUUGCUGGCUUCCGUGCCUGCUGGCGCCUUUUCCCGCCUGCACAAGCUGGCACGGCUCGACAUGACCUCCAACCGUCUGACCACCAUCCCACCUGACCCACUCUUUUCCCGCCUACAGCUGCUCGCCCGGCCCCGUGGCUCCCCUGCCUCUGCCCUGGUGCUGGCAUUUGGUGGGAACCCUCUGCACUGUAACUGUGAGCUGGUGUGGCUAAGACGCCUGGCCAGGGAGGAUGACCUCGAGGCCUGUGCCUCGCCGCCUGCCCUAGGGGGCCGCUACUUCUGGGCCGUAGGUGAGGAGGAGUUUGUGUGUGAGCCACCUGUGGUGACCCAUCGAUCGCCACCCCUGGCCGUACCUGCAGGUCGGCCAGCUGCCUUGCGUUGCCGGGCAGUAGGGGACCCAGAACCCCGUGUGCGUUGGGUGUCACCCCAGGGCCGGCUGUUGGGCAACUCGAGCCGUGCCCGUGCCUUCCCGAAUGGAACUCUGGAGCUGCUGGUCACUGAACCUGGCGAUGGUGGCAUCUUUACCUGCAUAGCGGCCAAUGCAGCUGGUGAGGCCACAGCAGCUGUUGAGCUAACUGUGGGUCCCCCGCCACCUCCUCAGCUAGCCAAUAGCACCAGCUGUGAUCCCCCGCAGGACGGGGAUCCUGAUGCCCUUACCCCGCCCUCUGCUGCCUCUGCCUCUGCCAAGGUGGCUGACACCGUGCCCCCUACUGACCGUGGCGUCCAAGUGACCGAGCAUGGGGCUACAGCUGCUCUUGUCCAGUGGCCAGAUCAGCGGCCUAUCCCGGGCAUUCGCAUGUACCAGAUCCAGUACAACAGCUCAGCUGAUGACAUCCUCGUCUACAGGAUGAUCCCAGCGGACAGUCGCUCCUUCCUGCUCACCGACCUGGCGUCUGGCCGUACCUACGAUUUGUGCGUGCUCGCCGUGUAUGAGGAUGGCGCCACGGGGCUCACGGCCACGCGACCCGUGGGCUGUGCCCGCUUCUCCACUGAGCCUGCAUUGCGGCCAUGCGGCGCCCCGCACGCACCCUUCCUGGGCGGCACCAUGAUCAUCGCGCUCGGCGGGGUCAUUGUGGCCUCCGUGCUGGUCUUCAUCUUUGUGUUGCUCAUGCGUUACAAGGUGCACGGUGGGCAGCCACCCGGCAAGGCCAAGGCCUCUGCACCCGUCAGCAGCGUUUGCUCUCAGACCAAUGGCGCCCUGGGACCUACGCCCACUGCACCUAUCCCUGAUCCGGCUGCACCCAGGGCCCACACCGUGGUCCAGCUGGACUGCGAGCCGUGGGGGCCCAGCCACGAACCUGCGGGACCCUAGCCGGGUGACCACCUCUGUGGCUUCUGUGGCCCCAGGGAUAACAGGACCCGGACACCCGGCGGGACCUGGCCUCAGACUCACCAAAUCACUCACGGUUUUUAAAACUCUGAUGGGGAGGGUUGGGGGCACUGGGGCACAACAAGAAAGUCCUAUUUUUCUAAGCUUGGGCCUGGGCCUUUGCCCUUGUCUCUGUCUGUGGUGCCUGGGGGACUUUUGCAGGGAUCUGGGGCUGGCAAAUACUUCCUCUGGGAGAGACUCCCCAGUUCAGUUUGAGGGCCCGGGGAGCCUGGGGCUGAGAGCGGUCAUCCAUUCAGUCAACAGAUAUCCCUGGAAGGGCCACCUGGGUGGGCCCUGUGUUGUGUCACUGCAGUGACACAGACAGCCCUGAGUCCUGCCCUCAGGGAGCCUGAAGUCUGGUAGGAGACAAACAUGUCUUCAGACAGUGAUAAUCCAGAGAGACCAGGGAUGUAGUGACCAGGAAAGCCUAGGAGAUUGUAUAGCCCAAAAGAGGUACCUAGCUCAGCCAAGGAUGUGGUCAGAGAGAGUGUCCUGGAAGAGGAGACAUGAGGCCUAAGAGAAAUACCUGAGGGAGAUAACUGGGCAGAGAGCAAAAGGAGAGCUGUUGCAGGCGGACAACACAGCUAUGCAGGGCCUAGUAUGUACCAGGCUCUCGGGUGCUCUGGUAGAGGUGAGGCAGGAGAGCUGAGCAGGGUCCAGGAACUCCGGGCUGAGGCGCUCAGAUGGUGGCCUGAGGUGUUGGGAAGUCAUGGAUGAUUCUACACGGGAGGAACAGAGUCACAUUUGGACUUGAGGAAGAUCCUUCUAAAGGAAGGUGGGCCAGAGGAGGAAACUGGGAGCUGGGAGCCCAGGGUGGGGCCAGGGCAGGGAUCUACAUGGUGGGGAAGCUCAGACCAAGACAGGACUAGGGGGAAGAACAGAGUGGGAGGCAGAGGGGCUGUGGAGUGGAGGGUGAUGGGCAGAGGGUGCCCAGGACAAGGCCUGGGCCAAGGGAGAGGGGUGGAGGAACUGCUCAAGACCAAGGAGGAAGGGUAGGCCUGGGGAAGAUGCUGACUGGGGAAGAUGGUAUGGGACUUGGUGGAUAUGGGGUGCAGAGGAUGUCCAUGGUGGACAAUGUCUAAGAGGCCAGAGGACUCUUGAUCUGAGGCUGGAGCUAGGGACAGAAAUAGAGCUUUGUAGUCAGAGAUGGGAACUGAAACCACUUGGGGUGAGACAGGCUUUGAGAGUGCCAACUCCCAACCACAGCGACUUUUGCAUGUUUAAAAGAGAGACAAAGGAAAAACCUCGCAGACUAUACAGGAGCAUUCAGGCAGGAGGAAGAAAACCAAGAAAUUCAAACCCAAAUGACUGUUGUGCCUGAUAACGUAAAGACUGCAGUAAUCUCAGCAGAGCAUUGUUAGGGGAUUGGUGGGGAGAGAUGCCAUAUUCAGCUGACUCAAGAGUAGGAGGUAAGAAAGUAUAGACAGGAAGUGUAGGCCCAGGCUUCUGUGGGCUAGAUCCUGGGUCAGGUUGAUCUGGAACUUCCAGCCCUCACUCGGUCUUUGCCCUAGGGCCCUUCAAAGUUUAUAGGACCCACACUUGGUCUAGGAAAUGGCAGCCCUCAGUAGAGACCCAGGAAGGGGCUUUUCUAAUGUGAAGGGGUAUCUGGGCACAAAUGUGGACCUGUCACCUGUCUGGAGUGAUGCUGGUAUGAGCAGCAUGGUAAAGAGUUCAAGACUAGACUGGCCAUUCUCAUGACCUGGUGCACAUGACCUUGUCCUGUCAGGCCAGCAAAUCCUAGAUUCUGCCACAGCUUUUGUGGCCUUGGAAAUAUUACUCUGUUAGCCUAUAGGAACAGCCCAAGUCCAGGGGACCUGAUCUGACUGCCCAAUCCCUCAGCAGCGCCAUGAGUCCUUCCUCUUGUUGGUUACUCUUGGGUAGCACAGGUCAGGUGAGGUCAUCAGCAAGAGGGAGGGCAUGAGUUUUUUUGGAGAAUGGGCUCGAGGGAGUGGACCUAGUGCCAGCCAGAAAAUGCCAGUUUCUGGUGGGAGUGGGGGCGCCAGAACAUACUUCCUAAACUCUCGAUUUUUGGGUUUUUUUUUCAUUUUUUAAAACUGUCAAUCUUUACUGUGUGCAAGCGCUGGGGACUGAGUGCUAAACAAAUAGGUAUAGGCCCUGCUGUCCCAUAUCUCAGCAUCUGGUGGGGACACAAAUGUUAAAUAGUCACAUGCAAGGGUAAAGCAUCUUUGGUAACAAAGUGGACUAUGCCAGAGAGAUGUGGACUGUAAGACCCUAUAAUCAGGGGAACUGCCCCAUGAAAGGAGAUUAAGGAAAUCUUCUGGAGGAGGUGAGGCCUCAGCUGAGUCCCAGAGGAUGCUCAGGUUGUUAACUAGCAAAGGGUGGAAAGGAUUCACAAGGAACGGCAUGGUAUCUAAAAGGAAGUGAAGAAGGCCAGAGCUGGAGGUAGGGUGAGGGAAGGGAUGUGACAUUGUAUUGAGACUGAUGAGUGGGAAGAGGCCACACCCAGACACCUGGAGGCUGCUGGGAGGACUCUAUUUCAUUCUAAGUGGCACGGAAGCCGUUGGAGGGUUUUGAGCUCUAAGGAGAAUAGUGUUCCCUGAUCUCAUGGAAGCUCUAGUGACAGACUGUUUAUAUGUGGAGGGUAAAGAAAAGAGGAUAUUGCAAUGGCCAGGCAGAGGGUGACCUGGACCAGGCCAGGCCCCAAAGUUAAUGAAUGGAAGGGAGAUUUGAGAUUGUUUUGCCACAGGUCUCCAUCCCCUACUGAAAGCUGUAGGACCCUGGUCUAUGAUAUCCAUGGAUACAUCUCUGAGUGGGGAAGCUGACUUCUCUGUAGCAUGCGAAUGAAGGAAAUUCUUAAGGUACGAGUACCAGGAGAAAGGUUAAAAAGCAGAGGCUGUGGUUGGUCAGGGAGAUGUAGACACAAAAAAUGCAAUACCGGGGCUGGGGAUUUAGCUCAGCGGCAUAAGUGCCUGCCUUUCAAGCAGGCAGUCGUGAGUUCAAUCCCUGGUACCGAUAAAAACGAAAAAGACAAAAAAAAAAAAAAAAUGCAGUACCUGAAAUGGGAAUAUACAGCCAGGGGUUGCUUACUGUACUAUGGAAGCAGAAGGUCAGGUGUGGUGGCACAUGCCUGUAAUUCUAGUACUCUGGGAGUUAAUGACUUAGUGAGAUCCUGUCUCAAAAUAUUUCCUUUCUUUUUUUUUUUUUUUUUUUUUUUUUGUGGUACUGGGUAUCAAACUCACAACCUUGUGCUUGCCAGGCAGGCGCUGUGCCACUGAGCUAUAUCCCUGGAUUUUUUUUUUUUUAUUCUUUGUGUGUGUGUAUGUGUCAAAAUAUUUUUUAAAAAUUUUUAAAGGUCUGGGA